GUGUUAUGUACGAUUUUGCUGCUGAGCCUGGAAACAACGAGCUGACCGUCAGUGAAGGGGAGAUCAUCGUAAUUACCAACCCGGAUGUCGGUGGAGGCUGGUUAGAAGGAAAAAACAGCCAAGGCGAGAGAGGACUUGUUCCAACAGAUUAUGUUGAGAUUAUAACCGAAGGUGCAAAAGAUGGAAUUAGCUGCGGUAACUCAUUAGCUGACCAAGCCUUUUUUGAUUCCCUUUCUUCAAAUACAGCUCAGACCAACGCUGCUGCAAAAAGCAGUAAUCAGGCAAACAAUGCCAGUGAUCCUUGGUCCAGUUGGAACGUUGGGAAGUCUGGGAACUGGGAUAAUGGAAAUGCUGUCGACAGCUGGGCGACGAAACCUGAAAGUGCAGCUGGCCAGAGAAACAGUGCUUCAAAUAAUUGGGAGACAGCAGCUGCAUUUGGUCAUCCACAGGCAUAUCAAGGACCAGCAGCUGCUGAUGAUGAUGAUUGGGAUGAUGACUGGGAUGACCCAAAAUCAACCUCACCAUCUUACCUUGGUUACAAGGAGACUGAGGCAUCAGAGGCUGGGGGGGUCCAGCGUGGAAAUUCUCGUGCAGCUGCUAUGAAGUUACCACUUAACAAAUUUCCUGGAUUUGCAAAACCUGGGAUGGAACAGUAUCUGUUGGCAAAGCAGCUAGCAAAACCCAAAGAGAAAAUUCCCAUAAUU